AUUUUUUUGGGGUACCCUCAUUGAAACCACAUACUCAGCAUGUUAUUUUGAUGUUAUCUAUGACAAAGACCAAAAUCAGGAUUUUUUUUUGCUCCUUGCCCAAAAGUCCUAAUUUUACUGUUUUCUGUUAUAAUAUCAUUUUCUGGUUUUGGUUAAAUAAGGUUGGCAACAGUAGCUUGUAACAUGCAAAGAGAAUUAUAAUAUAUAUCUGAUAUAUAUGGUAACAUGCUUGUGAGUUGUAACAAAUGGUAACAAAAUAAUUGUAUUUUGUUGAUAAAUGGUCCUUAAUCGUUCAUAACUACUAAAUGUGGUUGUUGCCGUUUAAAGUUUUAUGAUAAAAGAUUACUUUUUACAAUGGCAGAUGAUUUGAGAAAUUACAAAUUACAAUUGCAACAGGUGGAAGCGGCGUUGCUAACAGACCCGCAGAACGAAGAGCUCCUGAAAUUAAAGGCUGAUUUGGAGGAAGUAAUAGAGUUGACACAAGAUCUAAUAAAAACUCAAGACAGUGACUCCAAAGUGACUAAUAUUCAUGGUUCUAGUAAUAAUGAUGAUGUUACAGCAUCCCUGUUGGCGGGCGCGGAUGGAGACGUUGCGGAAAAAUAUUAUUCUAAGUGGCAUGUUGGUGAAAAGUGUCUUGCUAAGUGGAAGGCUGAUGGCAUGUUCUAUGAAGCCCUCAUAGAGGAUGUAUCAGAUGCCACAUUAAAAGUUAAAUUUGAUGGCUAUACCACAUUAGAAGUUGUCUCAAUUAAUGAUGUGAAAUCUCUAGAGACAUCAGGAUUAAAGAGACCACUUAGUGGAGAUGAAAGCAAACAUGGCAAAGGCUAUAACAGAGAGUACCUCAAGAAGAAGAAACAAAAAAAGCAACAAAGGUUUAAACAAAUAGAAGAAGAAAGAGAAAGUGAAAAGAAUAAAUGGUUGUCUUUCCAUUCAAAAGCUUCAAAAAAACCAGGUGUAAGAACAAAAAGUAUAUUUGCAUCACCAGACAAUUUGACAGGAAGAGUAGGUAUAGGAACUUGUGGAAUUUCUGGAAAGCCAAUGACUGAGUACACACCUGGAGAAAAAUGGAAGAAGGGUGGAUAAUAUAAAAAAAAGAAUCCUGACAAUAGUUCAAUAUAAUGUACUCUACACACAAAAUUUGGUGUCACAGCCCAAUACAUUGGUGAUGGCAUUUUGAUAAUCAAUUCGUAAAAAAAAGUAGAUUCUUCUUUCAUUUAUUUUUAUCUAUAUCCAAGCAAAACUUUUAUGUUCAGGAACUAAUUUUAAAUAUUCUUGAGUUGGGGUUAGUGAAGCUCAUAAAUGGUUACAUUUGAAUUAUAUUGGUAUUGGAAUUUGAAGACACCGCAUAAUACACUUGACAAUGCGAAUAAAACUCUUCUUAUAUUAAUUACAUUAUAAUAAUUGUUAACCACAGUGGUCCAUGUAGUGUUUUUAAUUUUUAUUAUUUAUGGUUACGCUUGCAAAUUGCAACUGCGCAGGCUAUCCUGGCAAAAAGGGCUCCUCCAUGUCCCAGAGUGUGUAACUCGUUUAGUCAAUAAGUGAACCUGGGUGGAAGCAAUAACAAAUAGGUCUCUGGUUAGGGUGCGGGGGCCUCUAGCCUGGGGGCCCCGGUGCACUGCGCCGCCUACUCCAUUAGCUACGCCCCUGGAUGACCGGUCACAUUUAACGUCAAUUAAUCAACUGCCGAAACAUAAUAAUGAUAAAAUCGUGCCUUUGUCACAGUGUUUCAAAUUGCAACUAUUAGAACUCGUCGACUGCCGAAAAAUCACUUCAUAAAAAUACUAUAUGGGCUCGUCGGCAAGUUGGGUGUGUAGAGAGUUUUAGUACCACUCUUUUGUUUAAAACUACAAGUGCAAAUAUUUGUGCUAUUUAUUUUGUAAUUUUUGUUCAUCUUAGUUUAAUUUGACUGAUGUUAUAAAGAACGGCAGACACAAAUAAAUAAUACAGCUAUA